GCUGGCGGCCGCACUCCUUUCUCUGCCAUACGGCACCCGUGUGAGGGUCCUCUCGCGUUCGUGCGUGCCGGAGGAGGAAGGGGAUGACCGCGCGCGGAUCCGGCCGAGGACCUAGCACUUGACCCUGCGGGGAUGGGCACCGCGGAGCCCCAAGGCCAGAGCCCGCUGCUGGGCGGGGAUGGGGGGCCGGGAGGUGCUUCGGGACCUCUCCAACUCUCCUGUACUUCGUCCUCUCCCUGAGGGGGAACUAGAGCUGGAUUCGUGGAGAUAACUGGUACCAAGCUGAUCUUGAAGAGUUGCAGAAAAAGAAACCCACACCUUAAUCCUGUAGGGGAGAUAUAUAUAUAUUUUAAAACUGGGUUGCUUGCAGUGUUUGAAUGUUGAGAAGGUAUAAUUGUUAAAUCUGCAUUUAGAUGAUGGGAAUUUGUGCAGCUAUGAAGUCUUACACUCCGUAUUUCAUGCUGCUGUGGAGUGCUGUUGGGAUAGCGAAGGCUGCCAAAAUCAUCAUCGUGCCGCCAAUAAUGUUUGAAAGCCAUAUGUACAUUUUCAAGACGCUAGCCUCGGCCUUGCACGAAAGAGGCCACCAUACAGUGUUCCUGCUCUCUGAAGGCAGAGACAUCGCGCCAUCUAAUCAUUACAGCCUCCAGCGCUACCCAGGGAUCUUUAACAGUACCACCUCGGAUGCUUUCCUGCAGUCCAAAAUGCGGAAUAUUUUCUCUGGGAGGUUGACAGCAAUCGAGCUAUUUGACAUACUGGAUCACUAUACUCAGAACUGUGACAUGAUGGUUGGAAACCGAGCCCUGAUUCAGGGUCUGAAAAAGGAAAAGUUUGACCUGCUGCUGGUGGACCCUAAUGACAUGUGUGGAUUUGUGAUAGCUCAUCUUUUAGGAGUUAAAUAUGCUGUAUUUUCAACCGGCCUUUGGUAUCCUGCCGAAGUGGGUGCUCCUGCCCCCUUGGCUUAUGUCCCAGAGUUUAACUCACUCCUCACAGACCACAUGAACUUGCUGCAAAGGAUGAAAAAUACCGGCGUUUACCUCAUUUCCAGAAUAGGGGUCAGCCUUCUGGUUCUUCCCAAAUACGAAAGGAUAAUGCAGAAGUACAACCUGCUGCCGGAGAAGUCCAUGUAUGAUUUGGUCCAUGGGUCCAGCCUGUGGAUGCUGUGUACUGAUGUAGCCCUGGAGUUUCCAAGACCCACUCUGCCUAAUGUCGUUUAUGUAGGAGGAAUCCUAACCAAACCAGCCAGCCCACUACCAGAAGAUCUCCAAAGGUGGGUAAAUGGUGCUAAUGAACAUGGCUUUGUGCUGGUAUCUUUCGGAGCCGGUGUCAAGUAUCUGUCAGAAGACAUUGCUAACAAACUGGCCGGAGCUCUGGGAAGAUUGCCCCAAAAAGUGCUUUGGAGGUUUUCUGGAACUAAACCAAAGAAUCUGGGAAACAACACUAAGCUCAUAGAAUGGUUACCGCAAAAUGACCUACUUGGGCACUCAAAUAUUAAAGCCUUCCUGAGCCAUGGUGGUUUGAAUAGUAUUUUUGAAACUAUGUAUCAUGGUGUCCCUGUAGUGGGAAUCCCCCUCUUUGGAGACCAUUAUGAUACUAUGACCCGGGUACAGGCAAAAGGCAUGGGGAUAUUGCUGGAAUGGAAGACAGUUACUGAAGGAGAGCUAUAUGAAGCACUGGUGAAAGUUAUCAAUAAUCCCAGCUACCGUCAGAGGGCCCAGAAGCUUUCAGAAAUCCACAAAGAUCAGCCUGGUCACCCUGUCAAUCGGACUGUCUAUUGGAUAGAUUACAUCCUUCGUCACAAUGGAGCCCAUCACCUCCGUGCUGCGGUCCAUCAAAUCUCUCUCUGUCAGUAUUUUUUAUUGGAUAUUGCCUUUGUGCUUUUGCUUGGUGCUGCCUUGUUUUACUUCCUCUUGUCCUGGGUGACAAAAUUUAUCUACAGGAAAAUCAAAAGUUUGUGGUCUAGAAAUAAACAUAGCCCAGUUAAUGGACAUUACCAUAAUGGAAUCCUCAAUGGCAAGUACAAAAGAAAUGGCCAUAUUAAACACGAAAAGAAGGUGAAAUGAGCCAACAGCCCACGGGAUAGUCACAGAGCUGUUCAGUCAUUGAAUUUUUAUUGCUAUAAUUUAGUCUAACAACUACUAAAAGUAAAACAUCAGUAAACAAUUCUAACACUCCCUUAUCUGAUCUCACUAAUGAAAUGCUGUGGAAUUAAGAUGGCUGUAAAAAGCACAAACCUAAAAUGCAAAAAUGUAUUUUAUUCGAAUACUGAUGCAGAGUUUUGGCACUGAACCUUUUAGAAGCCUUAAUUAUUUAAAUCAAUUAAGUGACCAUGUCAGACCUUAGUUUUAAAUCUUGAUAUGUUUGUGUCCCAGAUAAGGAAUGGUUUCUUUUCUCUUAAAAAGAUUUGUUUGUAUGUGUGUGUGUUUUUCCUAAUUAAGGGAAUUUUUAGCUGGCUGCUUGUUAUAUUUGUUGAAGGUACAACACAUUCAAGAAUGAAAUAGAAAGACAGGUUCCACAUGUUUCUCUUUUAGAAUUUGAUGUAUGUGAACUCAGAACAGUACCAUGAAAGAGCACUUUUCCCUCAAAACUGAAUGCAGAGGAAGAAAAUGAAAAGAUAAAUGGCACCAGUUUUCAUCCCUUUUUGUUUUAGUUUUGUUUUGUUUUUCGUUUUCUUUUACAGACUAUGGACACUUCUGGGGGAAAAAACAUACCAUUAAGUAAAUGUAUAAAUUAGUUGUCACAUUUUACUUUUGUCUUCCCCCUACCAAUAAUUUGCCUUUGGAAGAGUUUUAUAGUUUUUUCUAUUUCAUUUCAAUGAGUAACAUUAUGUUAAAUGUAUAAUUAAGACAAAGCAACAAAGCUAUGACAUUUGUUCAGAAGUACUGACGAUUAUUGCUUAUGAGGCACCUUUAAACAGGGCUAUUAUUUGAAUGUUUUUGUAACUGUUGGAUGGCUUUUCUACAAUGUAAUUUUUGAAUGUUAAGAUGUUAUAUUUCCAAAGUUUUAAUUUUAAAAACCGUCUUGUUCGUCCCUUUAUUGUCUGGGCCACACAAUCUAUAUGGUGCCAAGAUUUAAUUCUUUUAACUGGAACCUUUGCAGUUCUCCAUAUUGGUACCUGCUUCGUCUGAGAGGUUUGAGAUCCUGUUAACCAAUCAGACUCCACCUGAGAUACAGAAGUGACAGAGAAAUUGUACCACUUGUUUGUGAAAGUGAGUUUCUUGUUUCCCUCCUCACUCCCUCAACCCCCACCUCC